GGAGGGCAUUCUCAUAAAUUCCAACCUUUUUCUGCCCUUUUCCAUAAAUUUUUCCCCCAAUCCCUCAUUAACCACGCACCCUCUUCCUUCCUGUCUACAAUCUGCAUCCACAUCAGCGACCUCAUCACCCACCGGAGAUCAGCUCCCCGACGCGACGACCGGAGGCAGCUAGGGAGACACCGGGGAUCUCAACGCGAAGGCAUCACCUAUCUGUCGCGCAGCGAGAAAAGUGUACAUAUUAUCACACUAGUCAGCAGUAUUUUCUAGGAAUCGGGGCUGAGAAAAAUCCAUCAUUUACCUAGAAGAGUGUGUGGGAGGCAAAAGAUGGCGAACGUAUCUCAGAUCCGCCCUAACAACUCAGCACUUAUUGCAAUGAUUGCUGAUGAGGAUACAAUUACUGGAUUUUUAUUGGCUGGAGUUGGCAAUGUGGACCUGAGGAGGAAAACAAACUACCUUAUUGUGGAUUCAAAAACCACGGCGAAACAGAUUGAAGAUGCUUUCAAAGAGUUCACUACAAGAGAGGACAUUGCGAUUGUGUUAAUUAGCCAAUAUGUUGCCAACAUGAUAAGAUUUUUGCAAAAGGUUUGAGUUGUUAUGAAAUGUCAUAA